AUGGAGAAGACUGCUGAGACGGCUGCGUCUGUGCACGUCGCUGCUGAAGAUGUCGAUGUCAAUUAUGAGUUUUAUCGCGAGCAUCGUGGUCUGCAGUAUACGCCGGAAGAGGAGAAGAGGACGCUGAGGAAGAUUGACAUGCAGUUGAUUCCGAUUUUGUUCAUGAUUUAUUUGAUCAAUUACCUCGACAAAAACAGCAUCAACUUCGCCUCCGUCUACGGUCUCAAACAAGGAACCGGACUUACCGGACAAGAUUAUUCAUGGCUGAGUUCAAUUUUCUACUUCGGCUACCUCAUCGCCCAAUGGCCUAUCGGACUAGCCCUGCAAAAACUCCCGGUCGGCAAGUUCCUGGCCUACACAACCUUCGUCUGGGGCGGUCUCCUCAUGACCACACCAGCCUGCUACAACUUCGCGGGAAUCGCAAUCAACCGCUUCCUUCUCGGCUUCGUCGAGGCAGUCGUUAACCCCGGCUUCGUCCUGCUCAUGAGCAUGUGGUAUACAGCUGAAGAACAACCUCUCAGACUGGAGGCUUACUACUGCACGAACGGUAUUGCGACUAUGUUUGGAGGCCUCAUCGGCUACGCUGUCGGCCACAUCUCCACCGGACUCCCUAGAUGGAUGUACGUCUUCCUAAUCUUCGGUGCCUUCUCGCUCGUCACGGGUACCCUCGCACUCUGGCUCCUCCCCGACCUUCCCUCGACGGCGAAAUUUCUGACCGAGCGCGAGAGAGCAAUUGCUGUCGAGCGCGUGGCGGUUAAUCGGCAGGGCGUGAAGAAUAAGCAGUUUAAGUGGUAUCAGGUUUGGCAGGCGGCGCGAGACCCGAAGACGUGGUUGUUGUUUGUUAUGGCUAUUGGGGCGCAAGUGCCCAACUCUGCGCUUACGAGUUUCACCUCAAUAAUCGUCGGCUCCUUCGGCUUCGACACCCUCGGCACGCAGUAUCUGCAAAUCCCCGGUGGAGCAGUCCAGUUCCUAACACUACUACUCGGCGGCGUCGUUGCAACGAAAUUCAACGGCAAGUUCCACUCGCGACUUGCGUGCAUCAUCUUCGCGAAUGUCACCUGCAUCAUUGGCUCCGGACUGCUGGUCGGUUUGCCGGACUCGAAUAAAUGGGGGAGACUUGUUGCGCUUUGGUUGUGUUAUUUCCAGGGUCUGGGAUUCAGUAUGAGUCUUAUUAUUGUCAGUUCCAAUGUGGCGGGUUACACUAAGAAGCAGGUUACCGGUGCGCUGCUUUUCACCGGGUAUUGUGUUGGGAAUAUUAUUGGGCCUCAGACGUUUAAGGAUAGCGAGGCUCCGGGGUAUCAUAGUGCCUAUAUUGCGAUGCUUGUUGGCUACAUUGUUAAACUGGGUGCUAUUGUUGUCCUGUACGCGUACAUGUACCUGGAGAAUAAGAAGCGGGAUAGAGAGGCUGUUGAGAAUUUGGAGUCGGAUGAUGACGCGGUGGAGAAUGGCAUGCUUGAUCAAACUGAGAUCGACAACAAGGGGUUCCGAUACGUUUUAUGA